AUGCCAAUCAGUGAGGACGAUUUGCGCGCAAAGCUUCAAACGCUCAACCCCGAGCACUUGGAAGUCACUGAUGAAUCGGAUGGAUGUGGUGCUAAAUUUCAACUUGUCAUCGUGUCAGAAGUAUUCAAAGGAAAAACUACGUUGGCGAGUCAUCGAUUAGUUCAAGACUCGAUCAAAGAAGAGAUGCCACAAAUUCACGCGGUUUCGAUAAAAACAUUUACACCGGAGAAAUGGACAGCGCAAAAGAAUGCA